UUGCGAGUCUCGCGGAUAAUGUGGCAAUAAAUUCUGACAGGGCCCCAUCAGAGGAAAUGAAAUCUUGCCUCCCCCCUGGGGGGGAAAACUUCCCCUCCACCCCCCCACCGUCACCUUAUUGGAGAAACAAUUUAUGUGAAACAAAAAGCCAAUCAGAGUAGUUGCCAUGGAAACUGGUGCUGUGCAGCAGCAGAGCAGGGGCGAGCUUGGUGGCAAGCGUCGCAGAAACCGAUCGCUUCAGCCGGACGGAGCCAGCCAGGAGGGGCUCACCAUAAACUUUGGCGACAGCUGAUCAGAUGUGAUCGGGAGCCUCUGAUCAGCUCUCCCUCCGUGGCGAUCUGCUGACAUCUCAUUUUAACCAGCCGGGAUUAAUGCAGGUUCUCAGGGGCUUCAUCUGCAGAGACGAUAGCCAAAAACACCUCUAGCAAGAACCUGUUUGUCCUCUUCUAAAGAAUGGCGAAGGAAGAGAAAGACGAGACAGUUGUGAAGAAAGGCACAACCGGUCUGCUGAGGCUGUUUCAGGGGAGGAGCAGGAGGAACGGAGAGGAGGACGAGAAGCAAGAGAAACUGGACAACAGAGAUGAAACCUCAAAAACUGCUUUAUCUGUUGCUGAAAAGUUGGAGCCAACCGAUAGGGAUCAAUGUGAAGAUCCUGGUGAGGGUAAUAACACCAGGACCAGGGCGAGACAUCGGUGGUGUCAUAGAUUUUCCUCUGCGGUAGUUUGCAUGCGAAGGAGAAAGAGUAGUUUAAAGAAACCACAAGAGGAGCUCAAAACAGCUUCACUGAAUGAGGUAGAAGGAGAUAUGGCCUUCAAAGUCAAUAAGAGGUUUAACAUGAAGACAAAGUUCAGCAGGUUCUUGACCUCAAACAUCGCUUGUCGUUCUCUUAAAAGGAAUGGAGACAAGACCGGCCGUAAAGCUUUACGAAGCCUUCCAGGAAAACUAAGUAGGUUCUUUUUGAUCAGAGAAAAGAGACGUUCCAUCACACAGGAAAAUGUGGAGAACAAAAGGGUGGAGGAGGAUCCAGCUGGUUUUGAUGUUCAAGCUGAUGAAUCUAUUGAGCUGCAAAAAACCACAGUCCCACCACAGAGCACUGAAGAUGACAUUAGGAGGAAAUCCCAAACUGGUCUCCUAGACGCUGAUAACCUCACCAACAACCGGGUUUCGGUGCAGGUUGAGUCACCAGAAGAAGACCUUUGUGACUCUGUCAAAGUCGUGGUGGACUUCGGCGAUCAGCAAUCCUCUCAGCAAAAGACCAAUCAAACCAACUCCUGGUCCCUUCAGUCUUCCAUCAACGGACCCUCAAUUCGGAUCGAGCUCUGUCCUCCAGUCCAGGAUGAAGAAGAGGAAGAGUGUUGGGCCAGCGGCUCUUACAGCUCUCACGUUCUCCAUUUGCCGGGCGGCUUCAACCCAAGCGAGCGGCAGCUGCAUCACACGGCACGCUCGCUGGUCCAGACCGCAAUGACUGCCGCUGUGGAUCAACUAACCAGAGAGAAACAGAUGGGCCGAAUCAAUUGAGAGGAAUGUUUCCUGCUCUGAUGGUACCAAGUACCCUCUGGAAUAGAAGUCAAUUUUCUUCAGUUGUUCUAAAAUAGGUCUAAAAGGAGAGUGUGUGUGAACAGCCGAGCUUUAGCUCUGGUAUUUACAUUCUUUGGACUUCCGUAACUCUUUGACCAUUUACGCAGUUGACAUAAUUCCAAUGGAUUCUGAGGUGGAGCAAAGCAGCCUUGUGCUAAUAGGCAACAAUUUACAGUUUUGAAGUGCUAGUGCGAUCAACGUUGCUCAGCUAAUUGUGUGGUUGAGAAAAGCGACUUAGUGCUGUUACACAACACUUCACGUUACCCCGGGUUCACACGGCAAGCGUUACAGCUCAGGUGCGAGGGGGGAGCGGUCUAGGUACAGCAGAUGUCUCCCAUUGGCUACAGGAUGCCUGCAGCCACAGGCUCUGCUGUUGACCUUGCAAAACUCUGAACUCACAUAGGUUCAUGCGAUAACCCGCCGUUUAUAUAGGAAGUACAGUAAUCCCCCCUUAUUCACUGCUGUUGCGUCCGGCGAAAAUUUGAACCCAGCAGAUCGCAGAGGCUGAACGUGAUCAUCUACAGUGGGAUUUCCUCUUGCACGUUUAAAGCUAUGUAAAGACUGCGGUGCUCGUAUCAGAACUGUAAUGCUAGUUGUGUGAGCUCGGGGUAAGUAAUGUGUUGCACAUCAAUGAAAAGCCCAUUGGUAAAGCCGCUUCACUACCUGCCAAAAUCAGCCAAUUCAAGUAGAUCACGUGAAAGGUUGAAGAGUCACGAUAGGUCAAACAGUGUGUGUUAUUUAGGUGUCAUUGGCGACAUCUUAGGUGUUAAACUGCUUAACACAGUUCCAUAAAAACAUGCUAGCUUUUCCUAGUCAACUAAACUACCUAGUAAAUAUUCAUAUGUAAAAACGUUAACUCAAAAUCUUUAUCAGUUAUAAUGACAAUUUGUUUUGAAGAUUCUACUGUAAAUAUUAAGCUGAACCUUAACAUAACCAACUAUGUACCUCAGAGUCCCAACAACAGAACUUUACAUUUGCGUUUGAACCAUUGACAACUGGACUGAUAGACCCCUCCCCCUUUCCUUCCAAACAGGAAGUACCUGCUGGCUUCAAGAGGCCACCAUCCCAUAGAUUUCUAUUGAAAAAUAAACAGCUUUUACUCAG